AUGGUGACUUCCCGCUUCCUGCACCGGCUGUUUCAUCGCUCUUCCAACCCUGAUCCCGAACCGCACCAGCGACAACAACAACCGCAACCGCCAGCAUCACCACGCCCGAUUCCAGCUCCGGCGCCCUUCAACACCGUCCCCAAUUGGUCACGUGCUAUCAUCGACUCGAUCGGAAUCAACGUCUUGACCUGUCGCAAUUAUGGCGACCGCGCCAAUUCCCGUCUACUGCCCGUUCUUCCUCCCGACUAUCGAUGCCUGGGCGAAGACCCCGACCGAGCAACCCGGAAGAUCAAUGUCCAGGACCGGAGCGCCUUUUUCUCUCUACCGCUCGAAAUUCGCGAAUUGAUCUACCUCUAUCUCUUGGGAAACCGUCGCAUUCAUGUCGAUUUUGAUUACCAUCCGCGAAAGGGACGCUGGCGGUGGUGGUACCGCGUGUGCGACGACCCCCAACACUGUCCCGAUAAAUCCGACCCGUUCGUGUGUCCGGAGUAUGCGGGGGCGGAGGAGGCGAUGUUGGAGCUGGGCUCGAGCGCCUGGGUGAAACCAGGGUUUGAAUACAAACUGCAUGCGAUGGGCUGGUUGACGUCUUGCUGGAGAGCGUAUCAAGAAUCGGUAUUGAUAUUGUAUCAGUCUAACUGUUUCGUCCUCACGCACGGCAUUGACCAGCUUUUCCGGUUCUGUCGGAUCAUGCCUCCGUACCACCUCUCCUUGAUCACGUCCAUGAGCAUCGAGAUCGAUAUCUAUCGCGCAUCCAAAGGGCCGCCGGAGAUGGAAAGGCGAUUUCAAACUUUCUACGAUAGCUUUUUCGACCUGCUUCAUCAUUCGCUUCCGAAUUUGAAGAACCUCCGGCUCUCCAUUGCUGGGUUACCGAAUCGAGGACAACGGGAAAUACAGUGGUCGGAAGAUACAGAAUGGAAAUGGAUCGGGCCUUGGGAGAGUCUGGGUCAAAGCCGGCAAUGGAGGGUCCUAGAGAUUGCUGUCCCGAGGACCUGGAUUGGGGACUUUGAAGACUUGGUAUGGAGACGGAGCAAGUUAUCGGAAAAGGAAAGGUACAAACUCGUCAUGGGAGUGGAUCUCUAUCCGCGAGGGUGGUGA